UCGAAAUGUGCAGAACAUUGUUUUAAAAGCAAAAUUGUUCCUCCACGUGCGAGACUUUCCGGCAAUUACUUUCAGCAAUACAACGACUACAUUCCAUCCCUACGCUUUCAAAGUGGCGCAAGACGAACCUAACAAGCUUCAGAUUCAGCAAAGAAAGCUCCGCGAAAAUCAAUGGCGAGAAAGCAAGAAAAGGCGAGGCUGUGGGAACGGACGGCGGCGGUGGCGACCUUGUGGAGCUUGUCGGGGUUGCGGCCAACGAGGACGAGGAAGGGGCGGAAGGCUAAGGCGCGGCCGAUGCCGUCGGAGGCGCUCGUGAUGACGACCCAUGCGGGCACCACGAUGGCGACGACGAUCGGAUCAUCGACGACAAUGACAACGAAGGAGGAGAAAAAAAAGGAGAAAAAGGAAGAUAUGGAGAAGAAGAGAAAGAAGAAAAAGCAGGAGAGGAAAUUCCAUGUCUAUCAACUUGGGAAGUGGACAUAG